GCCCGGAGACCGGCAGUGGUAUUAGUGCUCGCGGGGCCGCGGUGGAGGGCGUAGUGCAGCCCUGCUCGCUCCUACUCGCCCGAGGGUCGGCGCGCUAGCCCUGCCGAGCCGCGACCGGGGCUGCGGGGUGGCCGGGCUGCGCGCUCAGCCGCCGCCGGGGAAGCAGAGGCAGCUCGUCCCAGCUCCGAGAUGGGGAGCUGGCGAAGUUGACGAGCUCCCCGACCCGCGCUGCGUCCCUCCUGCCCAGAGGCGCGCUGCCCUCUCCAGGAGGUGCCCGCACGCGGCCCUGCUCCAGGGGCUGCAGCCAGCGGUCUGUCGCGCGUGCUUGUUUGCCAAAGGAGCUGCCCCUGGGAGAAGACCCACGGAAGAGUUGUUUCCCCGGCGCAUACCUGCAGCCCAGCCCAGGGGCUCGGGCGGCCUGGAUGCGCAGGACCCAGCCCCGCAGCCGCUGACGCCGGGCGGCGGCGAAGUUUGGCUGCUGAGCGGCGCGGCGCAGGGCCACUGGACAGCGGGCACCCCGGCGGCCGCGGCGGCUGGAGGGAUGCCGGUGGGGGGCCUGUUGCCGCUCUUCAGCAGCCCGGCGGGCGGCGGCCUGGGCGGCGGCCUGGGCGGGGGGCUCGGCGGCGGCGGCAGCGGCGGCAGGAAGGCAUCCGGCCCCGCCGCCUUCCGCCUGACGGAGAAGUUCGUCCUGCUGCUGGUGUUCAGCGCCUUCAUCACGCUCUGCUUCGGGGCGAUCUUCUUCCUGCCCGACUCCUCCAAGCUGCUCAGCGGGGUCCUGUUCCACUCCAGCCCCGCCCUGCAGCCGGCCGCUGACCACAAGUCCGGGCCUGGGGCGCGCGCCGAGGACGCGGCAGAUGGGCGAGCCAGGCGCGGCGAGGAGGGCGCGCCCGGGGACCCGGCGGCCGCCCUGGAGGACAACUUGGCCAGGAUCCGCGAAAACCACGAGCGGGCUCUCAGGGAAGCCAAGGAGACCCUGCAGAAGCUGCCCGAGGAGAUCCAAAGAGACAUCCUGCUGGAGAAGGAGAAGGUGGCCCAGGACCAGCUGCGUGACAAGGCGGUGUUCAGGAGGCUGCCCCCGGUGGACUUCGUGCCCCCGAUCGGGGCGGUUGGCCGGGAGCCGGCCGACGCAGCCAUCCGCGAGAAGAGGGCAAAGAUCAAAGAGAUGAUGAAACAUGCUUGGAAUAAUUAUAAACGUUAUGCCUGGGGAUUAAAUGAACUGAAACCUAUAUCAAAAGAAGGCCAUUCGAGCAGUUUGUUUGGUAGUAUUAAAGGAGCAACAAUAGUAGAUGCCCUGGAUACACUUUUUAUAAUGGAAAUGAAAGAUGAAUUUGAAGAGGCAAAAUCAUGGGUUGAAGAAAAUCUAGAUUUUAAUGUGAAUGCUGAAGUUUCUGUUUUUGAAGUAAAUAUACGCUUCGUUGGUGGACUACUCUCAGCCUACUAUCUGUCUGGAGAAGAGAUAUUUCGAAAGAAAGCAGUGGAACUUGGGGUAAAAUUGCUACCUGCGUUUCAUACUCCCUCUGGAAUACCUUGGGCAUUGCUGAAUAUAAAAAGUGGGAUUGGAAGGAACUGGCCCUGGGCCUCAGGAGGCAGCAGUAUUUUGGCAGAAUUCGGAACUCUGCAUUUGGAGUUUCUACACUUGAGCCACUUAUCAGGAAACCCCAUCUUUGCUGAAAAGGUAAUGAAUAUUCGAACAGUGCUGAACAACCUGGAAAAACCACAAGGCCUUUAUCCUAACUAUCUGAAUCCCAGUAGUGGACAGUGGGGUCAAUAUCAUGUAUCAGUUGGAGGACUCGGAGACAGCUUUUAUGAAUAUUUGCUAAAGGCGUGGUUAAUGUCUGACAAGACAGAUCUAGAAGCUAAGAAGAUGUAUUUUGAUGCUGUUCAGGCAAUUGAGACUCACUUGAUCCGCAAGUCUAGUAGGGGACUGACUUACAUCGCGGAGUGGAAAGGGGGCCUCCUGGAACACAAGAUGGGCCACCUGACCUGCUUUGCUGGAGGCAUGUUUGCACUCGGGGCGGACGAUGCUCCCGCAGGCCUGACCCAACACUACCUUCAACUCGGGGCUGAAAUUGCCCGGACCUGUUAUGAAUCUUACAAUCGCACAUUUAUGAAGCUGGGACCAGAAGCUUUCAGAUUCGAUGGUGGUGUUGAAGCCAUUGCUACAAGGCAAAAUGAAAAAUACUACAUCCUGCGGCCAGAGGUUGUUGAGACUUACAUGUACAUGUGGCGACUGACUCAUGAUCCAAAGUACAGGAAAUGGGCCUGGGAAGCAGUAGAGGCCCUGGAAAAUCACUGCAGAGUGAAUGGAGGCUAUUCAGGCCUAAGAGAUGUUUACCUCAGACAUGAGAGUUAUGACGAUGUGCAACAGAGUUUCUUCCUGGCAGAGACACUAAAGUAUUUGUACUUAAUAUUUUCUGAUGACGAUCUACUUCCACUGGAACACUGGAUCUUCAAUACCGAGGCACAUCUUCUCCCUGUACUCUCUACGAAUAAAAAGGAAGUUGAAGUCAAUGAAAAAUAAAAAGACAUUUCAUAUUUUACUCUGCUCCAUUCCCUUCACUGCAUACCUUAAUGAUUCCUUUUCUGGUAUUCAGGCACAUGAUGAAUUUUUAUCAGUAGGUCUGUGAUUAUUCUAAGUUCUGAAAUUGUUUUGCAGUCUUUUAGGUUUAUUAUCAGAAGCAUAGAUGGACCUAAAUUCCUUAUCCUAUCCUUUAUUAUUCAGUCAGUGGAUCAUAGGUUUUUUACAUUUUUUUAAGUAAUCUGGAGUUCAUGAAGGUGUAUCAUUUUUAUUACACUGAAUAGAAUGGUAUACCAGUGACCUCUUAAUUAUAAUUUUGAUUUGACUGCAAAACUUUUUCCUCCUCUAUGAGGAGAUGAUGUCUGCUUUAAGCUGUAAUGUUUUGCCAUGUUGCAAAAAGCCAUAAUAAUAAAUUAAAUAUUAAAAAAGCUUUUUCCUUUUCAAUUUUAUGUUAAUCUGGUUUGUCUAUCCACCAGAGACAGAUCUUAUAACUGUGACAGACAGCUUCUUUAUGCGGGUCUAUCAUUAUUUGAUAGAAUGUCUUCUAAAAUACUUCACUCACAUUGUAAUUCAAAUUAGAAUGUCAUCCCAAAAGGAUCAUCUCAUGUUGACCUCAUUUCAUUGGAACCAUGGUAUAUUUUUGUUAGUUAAUUAUAUUAGUGUUUCCUAAUUUGUGAAUUAGUUCUCAAAUUUUACUUUAAAUGUCCUGUGUCAUUUCUGGAUCAUGCCCUGGUUAAUUUCUCCCAUUCCCUACCACACAAUGGGUUGAUCGUUCAGGUUUUGCAGAGCUCUGUUAUUACGGAAUUAUAUUUUUUUAAAGGAAACAAUAUAACUUUUAGUGCAUUAGUUUUUGCUUUUAACUGAGUAUAUGAAGAAAUUGAGUCUCUCUAAAAAAGGGUAUUUCACAUGGUUUUUAGUUUGUAUUUCAUCUUUAAGGGGUUUUUUUCUUGUUAUCAAAAAAAAAAAAAAGCAUUACAUUUGGCUCAGAUUUUUCAGAUUUGAAAAAGACCCUUUCUCAAAUGUAGUAAGUUAUUUCAUUUCAGUUUACGAAAGCAGAAUUUAACUCUGAAAGAAGCUCUGCUAGUGUAUCUAUCCUUUUGAAUAGAUAUUCAAUUGAAGAAAAUCUAAUAAACUUUUAAGCCAAAUAAGAAUAUAGUACAUUUUGUGUGGUCAAAUUCAACAUAGAGAUCCCAGCUUGAAAGCAAUAUAUAGGAAUGGACAUUCCUAAUUCCCCACAGUCCUAGAGCAGAUCAAAAUAAUGAUAUGAUUCUUCUUUAAGAACAGGCAUUAUUUUGAGAUAUGAGUGGCUUUCCCAAGAAUAAAUUUGGUGGCACCCCAUGUCAUAUUUCCCAUGAAAGGGCUAAUAAUGAUGAUGCAUUUACUGAGGAACAGAGACUCUGAGCACCUGCAUUUUCAACCUGGAGGGGUCAGAUAGGUCAGUGCAACCUCAUGAAUUAGGCUGAACCAUAUGAAAUUGCUGCACUUGUAGUUUAAAAACUAUCCUAUAUCAGCAAUUUCGUAUGGUUCAACAUACUGUUUUUUAAUUAUUUUAUUGGCUCUCAGUAGACUCCAUUGUUUUAGCUGUUUCAGCUUUUGAAAGUGUUUCAAGAUUUCCUUUGUCUGAAAGGACCACCUGUGUGACCUGCUCUUUUUUCAGUACUGUACAUUGGUUUAUGUCAAAGAAUAAAUUAAUAAAGUUAGUAAAUGAAAAAGAUCCUUUAGUACAUCAUUAUUGCCAUGUUAAUGAGUUCCUGUGACCCAGAAUAAUUCCUUCCACUCAUAUCUUCAGCUCACCUUAUGAAAUGAAUAGAUAGUUGAGAGUCCUUUCUUCCCAGGACUUCAAAGCAAAGUGUGAAAGAUUAUUGCAAAAAUUGGGCCAUAUGUAUUUAGAUGAUAAUUCUCAUGUGAAUGUCCUAGGACUAGCAACUUAAAUUAAUUUAUUUUCUUUGAUUUUCAGUUUGAUUUGUAAGAGCACAAAGGUGAUCUGCAUUUCUGCAGCAGAGAGGAUAUUAAAAUCAGGUCAUGUGUACACACUGCACUAUAAUGUACCUUUUGUAUCCUGAUAUAAAUAGGCAAGAUGAUUGUACUACCUUUUGCUCUGCCAAUGGCAAGAACAAAGUUUUUCAAUUCCAAAACUUGGAUUUUUUAACGUAAGUCCCCAAAACACCAAAAAUGUAAACAAGAUGAGAGAUGAUUAUUAUGGUGAUGUAAUUUAAAGUUGUACUUUGUGUUAGUUAUUUUAAACAACUUAAGUCCUUAGGUAGACACUCUCAUUUUCAUCAAAACUGUGCAGUUAAGUUUACAUAUGUGUUCACAUCCUGAAAGGUGAAUAAUUAAAAUAGCACUUAAUUUUGUGUUUCUGCAUAUGUUUUUGGUAUACUGUGCACAAUUAAUAUUACACAUAUAAGUUGUAUGGAAAUUUACAGAACUCGAAGAUGUUUGUCAUGACUCCUUCAUAUGUAGUAGUACCCAUUCUUUUCACUGAUUGUUUUUAAUUUGUACAUAAGUCUAUUCUGCCAUAUCCAACUUUAUAUAAAUCUCUAAUGUUAUGGGAAACAUAAUAGAUUGACACAUAAUUUUUAAAAACUAUAUUUGUAAAAUUUCUCUAUUGUGAAUAAAGCCUUUUAAUAUAUC